CUGAGGCUCCCGUGCCCGCCCUUGGCGAUGGCUGCGGGGGCCGCGCUCGCCCCUCCACCAAUGAGGCGCCUGUCUCUCCCGAAGGUUGCUGUCUUCGUCGUCCCUCCGACCCAUCUUCCUCCUCUGCGUCUCGCUUUUGGCCUACUUUCUGCUGGAUCUCUGGCAGCCUCGCUUCCUCCCUGACAUGGCAGCAUCAUCCCCAGAGGAGCCACACUCUGACAGUGAGGGUGCGGGGUCAGGCGCCCGGCCGCACCUGCUGAGUGUGCCCGAGUUGUGCAGAUACCUGGCUGAGAGCUGGCUCACCUUCCAGAUUCACCUGCAGGAGCUGCUGCAGUACAAGAGGCAGAAUCCAGCUCAGUUCUGUGCUCGAGUCUGCUCUGGCUGUGCUGUGUUGGCUGUGCUGGGACACUAUGUUCCAGGGAUUAUGAUUUCCUACAUUGUCUUGCUGAGUAUCCUGCUGUGGCCCCUGGUGGUUUAUCAUGAGCUGAUCCAGAGGAUGUACACUCGCCUCGAGCCCCUGCUCAUGCAGCUGGACUAUAGCAUGAAGGCAGAAGCUGACACCCUGCAUCACAAACACGACAAGAGGAAGCGGCAAGGGAAGAACGCACUCCCCGGAAGUGAUGAGCCACUGGCAGACACAGAGAGUGAAAGCGAGGCAGAACUGGCUGGCUUCUCCCCGGUGGUGGAUGUGAAGAAAACAGCACUGGCUUUGGCCAUUACAGACUCAGAGCUGUCAGAUGAGGAGGCAUCUAUCUUGGAGAGUGGUGGCUUCUCAGUAUCCCGGGCCACAACUCCACAACUAACUGAUGUUUCUGAAGAUUUGGACCAGCAGAGCCUGCCAAGUGAGCCAGAGGAAGCCCUGAGCCGGGAGCUGGGGGAGGGAGAGGAGACAGAGAUGGCCGCUCCCGAAAACCUGCUGGGCCCCCCUGAGGUCCUCUCAAGGCAAGACCUGGACUCGGAGGAGGAGGAACAGGAGGAGGAAAGGGAGGAGGAGGAAGUUGUGGCAGCCAAGGAAACCUUGCUUCGGCUCUCAUCCCCCCUUCACUUUGUGAACACGCACUUCAAUGGGGCAGGCUCUCCCACGGAUGAAGUAAAGCUCUCCCCUGGAGGACCAGUAGAGACACUGAGCCCAGAGGCAGUGAGUGGUGACCCCGCCACGCCCUCGAGCACCCUGUCACCUCUACUUUGCCUUGCUGAAAGUGACCCAGUCCCUUCCCUCCCAGUGCUCCCACCUCUUCCCCAGGACUCUCCCCAGCCCCUGCCUGCCCCUGAGGAAGAAGAGGCACUUGCCUCUGAGGACUUCGAGUUGCUGGAUCAGGGGGAGCUGGAGCAGCUGAAUGCAGAGCUGGGGUUGGGGCCAGAGACAUCUCCAGAGCCCCCUGAUGCUCCACCCCUAGGGCCCAACACCCUUUCUCUGCUACAGUCAGACCAAGAAGCUGAGACCAUGGCAGAGCCAUGAGCCAUGGAAGAAAUUUCAGGCACAGUAAUGAGGCUUUCUGGCUGGGGCUGUCACUUUUCUCCUUUCUCUACUAUUAGGAGCGACAGUACGUGGGGAAGCUGGCUGUCAGGUGAUAGCUAGUUCACUUUCUGCCCACCUGCCUGCCUGUUGUCCCAGGCCUGCUUACAGUGCCUGGGAUUGGUUUUAAGUUUGUAAAUAAUUUUACAUUUGGGUUAGUGGAUGUGAACAGGGCUAGGGAAGUUCUUCCCACAGCCUGCACUUGCCUCCCUGCCUCAUCUCUAUUCUCAUUCCACUCUGCCCUAAACCCUAGUGGUCUCUCUCUUUAUGUUUCCUCCUAUCCUCAGGGACCUGUGCCGUCUGUCCUCGUGUCCCGCUCGUUUAGACACUUUGUCAUUUUUCUUUCCUGUCCUGUGCUCCUCUCUGCUUUAUUCCCCUGCUGUGUCUUGUCUUUAGCAGCUCAGUCCCCACUCUGCCAGCUCCACCUCCCUGGCUAAACUUAAGGAGGCUCCUGUCUGGGAGGUACAGACUAAACCUGGGGUGGUGGGUCAGGCCAGCAGUUGAGCACUUAGGUUACUGUAGCCUGUGGAACCUCCACUGCACCCUUGGCCUAGUUCGUCCCGGCCUUUUAAGAUACAGGAGCAGAGCAGGGAUCCCACAGCACGUGUACAGCACUGUGUUAGUGAGCAGGCUCUGUCUUGUUGGGAAGAGGGGCUUCUUACUGUCCCAGGGAAGAAAAGGAGACCUGCUCCGCUGGGCCAAGAGUAGUUCAAGUGUGGUAGGACCCCCUACUAGUGUGAGGAAGUGGACAGUAACAUCUGUGCAGGUGUUGAUUGGAAAAAUAAAAUGUUGAUUGGCUAGAAAUGCUGUUGCCUACCUGCUUGCCUCACUGUGAACUGCUUGCUACACUCUGCUCUGUGCCAUCCUUACCCAUUACCUCCUUGUCCCCAAUCUUAUUCCUGGCUGUUUAUUUACCUGGUGCAAAACAAGGCAAGAAACAGGGAUUACCCUAACAGCCCUAGCUAUUUUCCCUGAUGGGGUUAUGUGUUUAGAGAGAUUUAGCAUAUAUGAAUAAAGUAUGCAGGAAGAAAUUGCCUCGUCUUCCCAAUCAGUA